UACGUGAAUUUCUAGAUUGAAAUAAGCAGAAGAUCAAAAACCACCAGUUUGUUUACAAACACGCUGGGGGCGGGGCUAGGUGACGUCAUGACGCAGUGGAGUAGGAACAUGGCGGCGGAUUACUGGGAGACGGAGCGACCCGAACCUCCUUCAGACUGAACCGAACCACGCAGAACCCGGGCCGGACCGGGUCCGCCUCUCACGGUGUCUCCAGGUGGACGGCUCCGCCCCCGUCGGCGUCUCGCCCCCCCCUGCCGCCUGGACCCCCCCUCAUGGAGCGGAUCAGGAAGCUCAAACGGCAGCUGUCUGUCACUCUGGGGAGGGGCGGGGCCGGCGGCGGGGACCAGGCGCUCAACGACUCCAACACGCAGGAAGUGACGUCACACAGCGAUUCAGGUGACUUCCUGUUCAGGGACCAGCAUUACAGUCUGGUACCGAGGGGUUCUGUUGGGACCAGUNNNAGUUCCUACCUGAACCGGGCCACCAGACUCGAAAUAGUUCAUGAAGACGUCAAGAUGAACUCUGGUGGAGAAAGUGAUCCGCCUUCGUCUUCAGACGAUGUUCAGAGUCCAGUCCGAGUCCGACUGAGGAACAAGAAGAUCUCAACAGAGGACAUCAACAAGCGUCUGUCGUUGCCGGCGGAUAUCCGUCUUCCUGAUGAUUACCUGGAGAAGUUCAGCGUGAUUGGUCCGGCUCUGUUCGAGCAGCCAAUCAGCAGGCGGCUCCGCCGAGUGUCUCUGUCGGAGAUCGGGUUCGGGAAACUGGAGACGUACAUCAAACUGGACAAACUGGGAGAGGGGACCUACGCCACAGUGUACAAAGGUCGCAGCAAGCUGACCGACAACCUGGUUGCCCUGAAGGAGAUUCGCCUGGAACAUGAAGAGGGAGCUCCGUGCACGGCAAUCAGAGAAGUGUCUCUGCUGAAGGACCUGAAACACGCCAACAUCGUGACGCUUCAUGACAUCAUCCACACGCAGAAAUCCCUCACGCUGGUCUUUGAGUACCUGGACAAAGAUCUGAAGCAAUACCUGGACGACUGUGGAAACGUCAUCCAUGUUCACAACGUCAAGCUGUUUCUCUUCCAGUUGCUCCGCGGUUUGUCCUACUGCCACCGGAGGAAAGUUCUCCACCGAGACCUGAAGCCCCAGAACCUGCUGAUCAACGAGCGAGGGGAGCUCAAGCUGGCCGACUUCGGUUUGGCCCGAGCCAAGUCCAUCCCAACAAAAACGUACUCCAAUGAGGUGGUGACGCUGUGGUACCGGCCGCCGGACAUCCUGCUGGGCAGCACCGACUACUCCACCCACAUCGACAUGUGGGGUGUUGGGUGCAUCUUCUAUGAGAUGGUGACGGGUCGCCCUCUCUUUCCUGGCUCUACGGUUGAGGAGGAGCUUCACUUCAUCUUCAAGCUGCUGGGAACGCCCAGAGAGCGCAGCUGGCCCGGGAUCGGGUCCAACCAGGAGUUCCUGGCUUUCAACUUCCCUCAGUACCGAGCCGAGAGGCUGAGCAACCACACCCCCAGGCUCAGCAGUGAAGGAGUGGAGCUGCUGUCAAAGUUCCUGCAGUUUGAAGGGAAGAAGAGGAUCUCUGCCGACGAGGCCAUGAAACAUUGCUACUUCAGUAACCUUGGAAACAGAGUGACAUCACUUCCUGACACGGCGUCCAUCUUCAGUCUGUUGGAGAUCCAGCUGGAGAAGGAGAGCGUGAGGCCGCCGGCAGCUCCUGAUCCAGCUACCAGCCCGACGCGGAGGCGGAGUCUGCUCUUCUGACACCUGAAGGAGGCGGAGCCAUCUGAAAGGAAGUGACCGCAGGAAGUGACAUUUUACUUUGAAGGAGCUGAGACUACUGAUGUGAAACAAAGAAAACACUACAGAUUUCCGGAAUGUGAAGAAAACUUGUUUACAGACGAUGCAAUAAUGAAUCACAGCAGCUGCCGACCAAUCAGAGGGCAGCAUGCUUCACAAACAAACCAAUCAGCUUCCGUCUUCCAAGACUUACAAUCCAAACAUGGUAGACCAGCAGCAUCACCUCCAGCUUAUGACAUCAUCAUGAUGUCACACUGCAGCAGGUGGAACCUGACAGGUGAUUCCAGGAACCAGUCACCUGGUCCCAGUUAGCACCAGUUAGCGUUAGCUCGUUAACUGCUAAUGAGCUUCUGGCCUGUUGCCACCAUGACCAGGUGUGUUUCACGUCUCCUACCAUUUCUGCUGGACGAAGCCAUCUGGACUCUUAUUGUGAAAGUUCUCGGCUGCUUCCUGUGUUUAUCUACAGUAAACCAGCUGGAUUUCCCCAGGGGUAAAUAUUGAUGGGGUGGGGCAGAUAACGGGGCAGAUAGCAUGCUCUGCUCUCUGGGUUCUCCUGCAUCUUGACUGUUAGUCGAUCUGAUGGCGUCGGCCGUCUGAGCAGAAGCUCUUCGUUUCCUGAUUCCAACCUGUAGAGUUCAGGGGUCAGUGGGCGGGGCUUCCCAGGUGUCCAGGUGUUAGUGAUGUUUAUACUGAAGUAAUAAAUGGGUCGAGUUACCAAUAGAGGAAGUGAUCGUUAACUGAAACGUGUCGGUUUGUGAAGUGAGAAAGCAGAAGGCAGUGGAUGUUUCAAAAUAAAAGCAUUCCAUGGAGGAGCAGGUUGGACAAAGCUUUCUGUUGACCUCUGACCUGUGCAGGUCGUCUCUGAUUGGGGGUGGGGUUGGUUCCAGCCACGCCGUCUCCGUCUGACUGCUGAAUGUAACUCAGGCAGCUCCCUGAUUGGCCGAGCCGAGCGGCUGGUCAGCACACAGGAAGGUCGUUGUGCUGCGUUCAGGUCUGCUACUUUAACCAUCGUUGUUGUUUUGAAGCCAAAGUUCUCUGCAAUAUCCUGACCUGCAUGAUGACUUUCUUCCAGUGAACUUCAUGCUGUUAAAUCUUCCAUCGGCUCUGAAAGCACUGAAGUGUUUGUUUUACUUGAAUGAAAACAGGAAGUGGAUGUUGUUGUAUUUAUCUGUCUGUACUCUGGAUAUACAAACAGAACUGACAUUAAAGAUUUUAUUUAUUAUCA